AUGUCUCCAAAAGACAUUUUGGAAAGGGAAUUCUUUAAUGAGUACAUUAAAAAGGGGAACAUCCUCAUGAUCUCCGAGGGUCUAACAGGCUCAGAUGUCGUGUACACUCUACGAGAUGGAAUUCUCCGAGUAGAGCUCGGAAGGGAAAUCUACGAGCGAACUGGAUUAAAUGGCAAACCGAUUCGAAGCGGCGGCAGAAAACAUGCAAAAGAACGGUUCGCCAUCGAGUUGAAUCUCCGGCUGCCGUCUAUGCUGCAUGGCAAGCAAGGCUUUGAGAGAAUUGUUUGGGCAUUCAAGAACGUCCUUGACCAGUCCAUAGCAUGGCUAUUUUGCGACCUUGACCCGGCUGCUCUUGGAUACGACGGAAACAAGCCAAUCAAUAAGCACUAUCCUCAGUGGAUUGAUUGCACGCCGCAUCAGACCAGCUAUGAGCAAAUCCUCGUUCCAGCUCUAUCAGGUCUGGUCUCAGAGAAUGCCUCAGAACUCGAGCUUCAAGAAAGCUGUGGAGAAUUGUCAGAAUGGAUCGGGAUGGUUCAAAUUGGCUCUCCUAGGGUCUCUGCCAAUGAUGACAUUGAUCCCUACCUCAGUCGCUAUCAAGUGCCAAAUAUAGAUCAUUCAAAAGCCACAGACUUAAUAAGCUUAAAGUGGCGGGGUCUUCUCUUCUUCUAA